GUGGCAGAUCCGCUCGUUUCCGGGCGCGGCGGAGCCGGCGCGCCCAUCCUGCUUGGAGGUCCGUCCUGUGUCUGUCGGUCUUUCUGUCUUUUGGUUCCGAGCGCGCGGCUACCGCAGGUGCGGAGUGUGCCCUCAUGCAGUCCCGCCACACGCUCAGCCAGGCGGGAUCGGAGCGGUCCCCAUCAUGGGCUGGGGAGCCGGAGGCAGCUGCACCCCGCGCCCACCCAUCCGCCAGCAGCCGGAAUCCGAAACCCGCGUGGUCACCGUAGUCUUCCUCGGCCUUCUGCUGGACCUCCUGGCCUUCACUCUGCUGCUGCCCCUGCUGCCCGGGCUGCUGGAGAGCCAUGGCCGGUCCCACGAUCCCCUCUAUGGCUCAUGGCAGCGAGGAGUGGACUGGUUUGCUGCAGCCAUCGGGAUGCCCGCAGAGAAGAGAUACAACAGCGUCCUGUUUGGAGGUCUGAUUGGCUCAGUUUUCUCCGUCCUGCAGUUCCUCUCCGCACCGCUCUCGGGGGCCGUCUCUGACUGCCUAGGAAGGCGCCCGGUGAUGCUGCUAUCUCUGGCAGGCCUGGCCACCUCGUAUGCCGUGUGGGCUGCCUCGAAGAGCUUUGCGGCCUUCCUGGCCUCCAGGGUGAUCGGGGGCAUCAGCAAGGGGAACGUCAGCCUUUCUACUGCCAUUGUCGCCGACCUGGGCUCACCUGCCGCCCGUAGCCGGGGCAUGGCAGUCAUCGGGGUGGCCUUCUCUCUGGGCUUCACGCUGGGCCCUAUGCUCGGCGCCUCCCUGCCCUUGGAGUCGGCACCUUGGUUGGCCCUGCUCUUCGCGAUCUCUGACCUGCUGUUCAUCUUCUGCUUCUUGCCGGAGACUCUGCCCUUGGAGAAGCGGGCGCCCUCCAUGACUCUGGGGUUCCAAGCUGCUGCUGACCUGCUCAGCCCCCUGGCCCUGCUCCGCUUCUCCGCUGUGGCUCGUGGCCCAGACCCGCCCACUGGAGUCAGGCUGGGCAGCCUGCGCCGCCUGGGCCUGGUCUACUUCCUCUACCUCUUCCUGUUCUCGGGCCUGGAGUACACACUGAGCUUCCUCGUGCACCAGCGCUUCCGGUUCAGCAGCCUACAGCAGGGAAAGAUGUUUUUCUUCAUCGGCCUCACCAUGGCCACCAUCCAGGGCGCCUACGCCCGACGGAUCAGCCCUGGCAGGGAAGUUGCAGCUGUGAAGCGGGCCAUCCUGCUGCUCCUCCCUGCCUUCCUCCUCAUCGGCUGGGGGCACACGCUGCCCGUGCUAGGCCUGGGGCUGCUGCUCUACUCCUUCGCCGCCGCUGUCGUGGUGCCCUGUCUGUCCUCCGUGGUCGCCGGCUAUGGCUCACCCGGGCAGAAGGGCACAGUCAUGGGCACGCUGCGGAGCCUGGGCGCCCUGGCCAGGGCACUGGGGCCCAUGGUGGCCGCCUCAGUGUACUGGCUGGCUGGGGCCCGGGUCUGCUUCACCGUGUGCGCGGGGCUCUUCCUGCUCCCCUUUUUCCUCCUGUGGGACCCGAGGCCCCCGGCACAGACACGCAAGGCUGAGUAGCUGAGCCGCGACCCCACGCUGAGGCUGGGAAGUGGGAAGUCUGGGCCAGGACUGCUCCGCUGCCUCAUCCCUCCCGGGGCCCAGCCCAGGCGGGCCCAGGACCUGCAGCCCCAGGGUGCCCACGAGCCCCGUGGACCUGGCCUGUCUACCCAGAGGAGCAGACACUACAACUUCUCUUUUCUACUCAGUGCCACAGGGUGUCGGCCAGGUCUCUGAACGACGAAAUAAAGCAGCUAUAUUUUGUACCAAG